GACCUCAUCUUUGAUUUUGGAAAGCGAAAAAGUUAUUAAAUAUCAAACGGCAAUGCGUGUGUUCCUGUGUUUACUGUUUAUAACGGUAGUCUUCUGCUGUGCUAAUGCUAUUCCGAAAUCAUGCAGUUACACUGCCAUCACCGGCGGAUCACAAGUGGUGACCUAUGAUGCGGAGACUGAUAAGAGCGUGGAAUAUGUGGAUUUCGGCACAAAUACAAAUGGUCUCUGCGUGCAGCGGGCGCGGUGUAGCAAGGAAUACGUGACGCAAGUCAUUAAAUGCACCGAUCUGCGUAUAACCUGCGAGAAUCGUGUAUUAUUUGAGGGCCAGUUUCCGGCUUGCUGCAUAAAGUGCUGAUAAAAAUUUCAAUGAAAGAAAAUCAUUUAGUUUAAUGUGAAAA